UGGGCCGCGCCGGGGCGGAGGCCGGAGGAGCGGCGGGGUCUCAGGAUGGUGUUUGAAUCGCUGGUGGUGGACGUCCUGAACCGCUUCCUCGGAGACUACGUGGUGAACCUAGACAGCUCCCAGCUGAAGUUGGGCAUCUGGGGAGGAGCUGUAGCGCUGAAAAAUCUUGAAAUAAAAGAAAAUGCACUGAGUCAACUGGAUGUGCCAUUUAAAGUUAAAGCAGGACAUAUUGGUCAACUUAACCUACAGAUUCCAUGGCAAAACCUUUAUACUCAACCUGUUGAGGCAGUUCUUGAUGGAGUUUAUUUGCUUAUUGUGCCCACAGCCAGCAUAAAAUAUGAUGCUGAAAAAGAGGCCAAGCAGCUCAUGGAGGCAAGGCAAAGGGAAUUGCAAAGGAUAGAGGAAGCAAAGCAGAAAAUAGCUGAGCAAGAUCAAGUGAAAGAAGAGAAACAAGACACUUUUGUAGAAAAACUAGUCACUCAGGUCAUCAAAAAUCUUCAAGUGAAAAUUUCCAACAUCCACAUUCGCUAUGAGGAUGAUAUCACAAAUCGAAGUAACCCCUUGUCAUUUGGGAUUUCACUUCAGAACCUUAGUUUGCAGACCUCAGACAAGAAUUGGAAUCCAUGUUUACAUGAUGAAUCUGCCAAGUUGUUCUAUAAGCUUGUACGACUGGAUAACCUUUUUGCUUACUGGAAUGUGAAAUCUGAGAUGUUCUAUCAUUAUGGGUAUAAUGAAUCACUGGUUAGCUUGAAACAGGGAGUUGCCUGCCGCAAUGUGAUUCCAGUUGGUUAUGAUUUUGUAUUCCGUCCAAUUUCUGCUGAGGCCAAGCUUCUUAUGAAUCCUCGAUCUGACAUUGACUUCUCAACUCCAAAAAUGGAUCUAGAUAUAAAUAUAAAGGACAUAGCUGUUGAAUUCAAUAAGCCACAGUACUUCAGUGUCAUGGAACUUCUUGAAUCUAUUGAUAUGAUGACUCGAAAUUUGCCGUAUAGGAAGUACAGGCCUGAUGUUCCACUGCACAACAAUGCCAAGAUAUGGUGGAAAUAUGUUAUUUACGGCAUCCUUGAAGUAAAUGUUCAACGUAAGCUCCAAAUGUGGUCAUGGGAACAUAUUCGGCAUCAUAGGAAUCAAGUGAAGAACUACAAGGAGUUGUAUAGAACAAAGAUAAUAUCAAAAAAACCUAAUGAAGAAAUCUUAAAAUCUUUAGAGGAAUUUGAAAAGGUCCUGGAUAUUUUUAACAUCACACUUGCAAGGCAACAAGCAGAAGUUGAGGCCACUAAAUCUGGAUGCAAAAUAUACAAACCAGGAACAAAACAAGAUGAUGAAAAUUCUGGUGGCUGGUUUAGUUGGAUAUGGGGCUGGUCACGGGAAGAUAAGGAUGAACAGAAACAAGAAGUAAAGGCUUCAAGUCUUGAAGGUCUUAUGACGAGUGAAGAGAAAGCUAAACUAUAUGCAGCAAUUGGAUAUAGUGAAACGGCUGUGGACCCAACACUUCCAAAAUCAUAUGAAGCCAUGAAGUUGUCUGUAAAUUUAAAAAGCAUGUCAGCAUCAAUAAGAGAAAACAACCAAACUCCUGAGUUGGUAAAAUUUUCUUUAAAUGAAUUCAGUACAGUAUUUACGCAACGACCUGGUGCACAAGCAAUAAGAUUUGAAACCAAAAUAACUUCACUUGAAGUUACAGGUGUGUGCCAAGAAAACUGUACACCCUGUCUUCUGUCUUCUCGAACAGUCUAUUCAGACAAUAGUACCUCGCUCUUAAGCAUAAUGUUUGAGACUAAUCCUUUGGAUGAGGGGGCAGAUCAGAGGCUUAGAAUAGAAUCACAGCCACUGGAAAUUAUAUACGAUGCAAGAACAAUAAACAGCUUGGUGGAUUUCUUCAGGCCCCCAAAAGAUGUACAUUUAGAGCAACUGACAUCUGCAACUCUGAUGAAGCUUGAAGAGUUUCGUGAAAAAACAUCAACAGGGUUGUUGUAUGUUAUUGAGACCCAGAAAGUUCUUGAUCUCAAAAUUAACCUCAUGGCUUCAUACAUCAUUGUUCCACAAAAGGGAUUCUAUGACUGUACUUCUAAUCUACUUCUUUUGGAUCUUGGUAGUCUUAAGAUGAAAAGCAAAAGUCGUUCCGAUAUAUCAGGACUUAAGGUGGGACAAAGCAGUAUUGAAGAUAUAAUGUCAAGAGCUUAUGACAGUUUUGAUAUCCAACUCACCAGUAUACAACUACUCUACAGCAAACAUGAUGAGAACUGGCAGGAGGCUCGCAAGCUGAAAUACUCAUCUCAACAUAUCUUGCAGCCUCUGGAUGUGAAAGUGGAAUUUGCUAGGGCUAUGGUUGUCACUGAUGCAAGAAUGCCCAAGUUCAAGCUGUCUGGACAGUUGCCUUUACUUUCUGUCCAAAUAUCAGACCAAAAGCUGAAAAGCAUCUUGGAGCUAGUUGAUAGCAUUCCUAAAGCAGAAAGUACUCCUGCUACCAGCUCUCCACCAAAAAUAACUGAGGCUGCAAUAUCGCCUGUGCUUUCUGCACCACAUUUAUCACAGCUUCCUGUUCUGGAUCUUCAUUCAUUUGCAGAGUCAGAAUCAGAAGAAGAAUUUUAUGAUGCUCUAAGCAGUCCUGUGGAAGAUGUGCCAUUUUUUGAAAGUCCAGCUGGAUCCCUCAAACGAGCUAGCAGCACAAGACGAAAAAAACUAAAUAAACAAGAAUCUUUGAAAAAUAUGACUGAACUCCAGCUGAGGUUUGAAGUAGCAGAGGUCUUAAUAAAAUUAUGCCGUCUUACUGACAAUACUGAGACUCCAGUGCUGCAGCUUGAGGUUGUAGGGUUAGGCACUGAACUUAAAUUAAGAACAUUUGACAUGACUGCAAGUGCUUUCCUGCAUGAAAUUUGCCUACUGUGUCCAGAGUAUAUGGAUGAUAAUGAGAAACCAGUUUACUUAGUUACUACUUUGGAUAAUGUAGAAGAUGAUCUUCUCACUCUGGAGUACACAAAGGCUGAUAUUAAUGGACCAGAAUUGAAGACUGCCUAUCAGAACGUUCUACAGAAAAUAAAGGUAAACUUUUCAUCUCUUGAUGUUCAUUUGCAUACUGAGACUCUCUUGAAUGCUGUGAACUAUCUGAAUAGUCUUCUACCCAAACAAGAAACUAAAGUUGCAGAAGAGCCGGUCCACGAAAAAACAGAGGAUAAAAAGGAUGUUCUUAAAAAAUUAACAUCAAAAAAAUCAAAGUACGAAGAUGUUAUCGACCUCAAUAUCUGGGCGGAUUUAUCCUGUUUGCGUGUCUUUAUUAGAGAGAAAAAACACAGAAUAGCUGAAAUUCACAUCGAAGGUCUGGAUAGCCAAGUGAUCAUGAAAAAAACGGCAACAGAAAUAACUGCAAAACUAAAGAACAUUGUUAUUGUGGAUUCUGAUGAGAUGGCACUGUAUAACAAGCCUCUUUAUAUCACAGGAAAGGAAGUCUUUAACUUCAAAAUGAUAUCUUACGUAAAUGCUACAGAUGGUAUUGCAUACACAAAUAUGGAUGUUGUUGACAAUCGUGUUUACUUAACUGUUGGUUGUAUUCAAGUAGUUUUUGUCAACAAAUUCUUUUCUUCUAUUUUGGCUUUUAUAAAUAAUUUUCAAGCUGCCAAGGAAGCUCUUACUGAGGCAACAGUUCAAGCAGCAGAGAAAGCAGCUACAGGUGUGAAAGAGCUAGCAGAGCAUAGUUCUCGUUUGGCACUAGAUAUCAAUAUUAAAGCACCUGUUGUGAUAAUUCCACAAUCAGCAGUUUCUGCAAAUGUCCUGGUGGCUGAUCUUGGUCUAAUCACUGUAAAGAACCGAUUCUUUAUUGCUAAAACAAAGACUCGAUAUAAUCUCCCACCUGUUGUUGACUCUAUGACGGUGAAAUUGAGUGAACUGAAGUUAUACAGGUCAUGCUAUGAGCAGAAUUCUUUGCAAACUGAAGUAGAGCUGCUGCAACCUCUCAAUCUGGAAGUAGCUGUUGAACGAAAUUUAUCUGCUGCAUGGUAUAAUGAGGUUCCUGAUAUUGAAAUAUCUGGACGACUCAAGCCUAUGAAUCUAAUACUGAGUCAGGAGGACAUUACAACAAUACUGAGGACACUUAAUGAAAAUAUUGGUGAAAGCUCAGGUGCAUCACCACCUUCACAAGAACUGAAAGAUACGACCAGUCGCAGUGAUAUCCGCAGUACUUCAGAGCACUCUGCAGGUGUAACUGUUGUGACAUCAGCUGUGGUGGAAUUGCAUUCACCUGUGAAAAUAAAAACAACACUAAAACUGGAUUUCAGAUUCGACUCUUUGACUUUAGUGUUAUAUAAUUCAAAUUCCAAACAGGGUACAAAUUUGGAUCAGAGAGAUGACCUUUUGAAGCUUGCAGAGUUUAAGUUGCUGUUGAUGUCAGCUGCUGUGAAAAUGUUGUCAGAUGGCUCAAUGAAUGCUUCAGUCAAGUUAGCAAACUGUACAUUAGAUGAUGAAAGACAGGCAAUCCACAAGGCUACACCGAGGAUGAUGGAAAUGAAGCACGGAUUUGAAAAGAAAGUUAUGAUGGAUAUAAGCUAUAAGCAGGGGAGAGAUGGCACAGUUCUUGAUGUGAUUGUUCAAGAGAUAUAUCUUUGUGCAAGCAUGGAAUUUCUACUUACAGUUGCAGAUAUAUUCCUAAAAGCUAAUGCAGAAAGUGCUGCUGCACAGAGGAAUCUCAGGCAGUCCUUACCUUUAAAAGAGCAAGCACCUCUGCAGCCUGUUUCUAUGAUGGAAAUGAACAUUAUUGUUAAAAAUCCAGAAAUUGUGUUUGUGGCUGAUUUAACAAGAAGUGAUGCUCCUGCUUUGGUAGUUACAGCACAGUGUGAGGUCUUCAUUAAAAAUAGCCCUGAAAGGUAUAGCAUGACAGCUGCUGUUAAAGAGAUACAAGUGAAAGCGUGCCCAUUUCUUCCAGAAAAAAGGAAAGGGAAUGUAACUACGGUAUUACAGCCUUGUGACUUCUUCUUUGAAAUGAAACAGACUGGUAAUAAUCCACAGUCAGCUGAUCUAAUGAUUAAAUCCCUGACAGUAAAAGUUUCACCAAUAAUCAUAAAUACGGUAAUAACGAUUACCUCCGCCCUUUAUCGAACUGCAGAAACAACAGAAGAAGAGAUUAGUGAAAUUCCUCCGGGCUUGUGGAAUAUGAAAGACUUAAAAGAUCUAAAAUUGUGGUUUCUUGAAGAGUCAAAUGAAAGUGAAGACACAAAUCCAAUCACUGAACUGGUUCCCACAGGGCAGUUGCUGAAAAUGAGUAUAGAAUCUGUUGUUCUUACACUUGAAGCUGGUGUUGGGCACCGAACUGUACCAAUGCUCUUAGCCAAGUCCUCAUUUCUAGGAGAAGUCAAAAACUGGAGUACCCUCAUCAACCUACAUUCUCAGCUUGAGCUAGAGGUGCACUAUUUUAAUGAGAUGUUUGGAGUUUGGGAACCUUUACUUGAGCCACUAGAAAUAGAGAAGACUGACUUAUUUAAACCAUGGAUUCUUGAAAUCAAGAUGAAGAAGAAACCUAAAAAAGCAUUAGUUGAGUCCGAUGCAGAAGAAGAAAACUAUAAAGUUCCAGAAUAUAAAACAGUAAUAAGCGUUUCCUCAAAAGACCAGCUGAAUAUUACAUUAUCCAAAUGUGGACUGCAAAUGUUGAGUAACUUGGGAACGGCAUUUGCUGAAGCAGCUAGUCAAACUUCAGAUAUCUUCAAAAAAGACCGAGCGCCAUUUGUACUAAUUAAUUCUUUGGGACUUGCCAUCACUGUCUUGCCUAGUGAUUCUUUCAGUGUCCUCAAUGUUGAAUUUGGAGCAAAAAUAUUUGAUUUAAAAGAUGGAGAUACUUUAAAUAUGGAAUAUGUCAGAACUAAAAGUGAGAGUGAACAGUUCACAGCAAUGACAACCCUGAGUAGCAAAAGGUUUUAUAUUCAGAUCUGUCCACAUAAUCAUUCUACUGUCGAGAAGAUUCCGCUGACCAAAGUGGGUCGGUGUAUUUACAGAGUAAGACAUGAGGAGUCAGGUGUUGAAAGGUCCAUUGUCUGCCAAAUUGAUACUGUUGAAGGAAGCAAGAUGAUAACUAUUCGUUCUCCUAUCCAGAUAAGGAAUCAUUUUUCAAUCCCUUUCACAAUUUUUGAUGAAGGAAGAUGUCUAGGGACUGCAUCACCAGAGAAUGAAUUCAACAUACCAUUGUCCUCAUACAGAUCAAAACUGAGUUUGCUACCCAUAGCAAAUGAAAAUGGAGUGGAUGGAGAAUAUGAUAUGUGUGAAGGAAUUACUUUUGACGAAAUUAUGAAAAAUGUUGACAGCUUAUUACAAAGGAAAUGCCAGUCUGUGAGGUCGACUAAUCACUCAUUUAUCAUCAAUAUUGUUGCUGUAAAAGACACAUUGACAUCUUCAUUAUGUUCAGAUGAUGAGUGGGAUUUUCCAUAUGUCGUACAUUUAUGGCCUUCUGUUCUUCUCCACAAUCUUCUUCCUUAUCACAUAACUUACUCUGUAGAGGGAAAUGGGAACAAAUAUGACACUCUGCAAGAUGGAUGUUCAGCCCAGAUUCAUAAUGCAGUCUUGGAUCAAACAAAACUAGAGUUAGAGCUGCUUAAUUAUCUUGAUCAAAACUGGAAAAGCGAGUACCAUAUAAAGAGUAACUUACCAGAUAUCAGCUUCACAACAUUUUACUGCAUCACAGAGUUGGAUAAGACUGAGCUGGACAUUGCUGUCCAUGUGACGUACACAACUGGGCAAAUGGUUAUAGCAAUUCACAGCCCAUACUGGAUGGUAAAUAAAACUGGUCGAAUGUUGCAGUACAAAGCUGAUGGCAUUCACCGCAAGCAUCCUCCAGAUUGCAAAAAGCCACUGCUGUUUUCUUUCCAGCCCAAAAACUUCCUCCAAAAUAACAAGGUUCAACUUAUGGUAACGGACAGUGAGCUGUCUGAUCAGUUUUCACUGGACACUGUUGGAAGUCAUGGUUCAGUGAAAUGCAAGAGUCAUAAAAAAGAUUAUCAAGUCGGUGUCACUAUAAACAACAGCAGUUUCAAUAUUACUAGAAUUGUAACUUUCACUCCAUUUUUUAUGAUCUCAAAUAGAAGCAAAUACACUUUGGAAGUAGCUGAAGAAGGCAAGGAAAAGUGGAUACCAAUUGUUUUGCAACAGUGGUGUGAGAAACAAUGGGAAAGGGAACUUAGUGGCAUGUGUAUUCCCUUUUGGCCUGAAAAUGAUGCCAACAAACUGCUUGUUAGAGUUGAAAAUUCAAAUCUCCCACCAAAGAAGAUAAAUUUUGAUAAGCAAGAAAACUGUCUUUUAUUGCAUUUAGACAACAAGCUUGGAGGGAUUACAGUGGAUGUCAACUUGACUGAACAUUCGACAGUGAUUACCUUUUCUGAUUACCAUGAUGGUGCAGCACCAUUUCUGUUAAUAAACCAUACUGAAGAAGAAAUUAUUGAGUAUGGACAAAGUUCCCUCAGAGAAUUAGAAGGCUGUCUUCAGCCAAACAAGGCAGUGUUGUAUACUUGGGCAGACCCAGCUGGCUCUAGAAAAUUGACAUGGAAAUGUGGAAAAAGAACUGAGGAAAUUACACCAAAAGAAGACAAAAUAGAAGUACUCAGCCUGGACUGUAGAAAGGUGGUCUAUUUAGUGUCAUUUUUUGAAGGUCUGCAGCGUAUUGUCCUAAUCACUGAAGACAAGAAUGUAUUUAAAUUGGCUUAUGAAAGUGUACGGGCAGAACUAGCAGAACAAGAAAUUAUUCUGUCUUUACAAGAUGUUGGAAUUUCGUUGGUUAAUAAUUAUACAAGGCAGGAGGUGUCAUACAUAGGAAUUACAAGUUCUGAUGUGGUCUGGGAGACGAAACCCAAAAAGAAGUCUAGAUGGAAACCGUUGAGUGUUAAGCAAACAGAUAAGCUAGAACAAGAAUUCAAAGAAUACAGUGAGCUAACUCCAUCAGAAAAUAAGACUGUCGAACUGGAACCAAAUGUUUUGGUGUGUUUAACUCCUACUGGAAAUGACAUGAAGAUUCAACAACCCAAUGAGAUUCCUAUCAGAAGGAAUUACUUGCCAGCUUUGAAAGUGGAAUACAGCUCAUCAGCACAUCAGAAAUCUUUCAGAAUUCAAAUUUACAGGAUACAAAUUCAAAACCAGAUUCCUGGAGCCAUAUUUCCCUUUGUGUUCUAUCCUAUUAAACCUCCAAAGUCCAUCACCUUGGAUUCAGCACCAAAACCAUUUACUGAUGUCAGUAUUGUUAUGAGAACUGCAGGACAUUCACAAAUAUCUCAUAUUAAAUACUUUAAGGUCCUGAUUCAAGAGAUGGAUCUCAGAUUAGACCUUGGCUUUCUGAAUGCGCUGGUUGAAUUUUUUACACAGACUGAUGUACCGAAUGUCCAACAGCUGGAACUUUUCAAAAAGGAUGUAGAAUCUCUUCAGGAAGAACUGAUGAGUGUGUCAUCCAUGGAUACCUCACAAAUCAGCUUGUAUGAAUACUUCCAUAUCUCUCCAAUUAAGUUACACUUAAGCUUUUCACUCAGUACUGGCGGUGAAGAUAGUAACAAAGAAGAAAGGAAGAGAGAACUGAUACCACUUCAGUCCUUGAAUCUCCUUCUGAAGAGCAUAGGUGCCUCCCUCACAGAUGUGCAAGAUGUUGUCUUUAAGUUGGCAUUCUUUGAACUCAGUUAUCACUUCUGUACUACGCAGCAGCUCCAAUCAGCAGUGACAAAGCAUUACUCAAAACAGGCUAUUAAGCAGAUGUAUGUUCUUAUUCUUGGUCUUGAUGUCUUGGGCAAUCCAUUUGGAUUCAUAAGAGGCUUAUCCGAAGGAGUAGAAGCAUUUUUCUAUGAACCUUAUCAGGGAGCCAUCCAGGGUCCUGAAGAAUUUAUAGAAGGAAUGGCACUAGGACUUAAAGCACUAGUAGGGGGAGCUGUUGGUGGAUUAGCAGGUGCUGCUUCGAGAAUCACUGGUGCUAUGGCAAAAGGUGUUGCUGCAAUAACUAUGGAUGAGGAUUACCAGCAAAAAAGGAGAGAAGCCAUGAAUAAACAGCCCACUGGUCUGAGAGAGGGUAUCACUCGUGGAGGAAAAGGAUUAGUUUCCGGUUUUGUCAGUGGCAUAACCGGAAUAGUUACAAAACCAAUAAGAGGAGCUCAGAAAGAAGGAGCAGCUGGUUUUUUCAAAGGUGUUGGAAAAGGAUUGGUGGGAGCAGUAGCUAGGCCUACUGGAGGAAUCAUAGACAUGGCAAGCAGCACAUUUCAGGGUAUCAAAAAAGUUGCAGAUUCAUCAGAAGAUGUGGUAAGCCUACGCCCACCUCGCUUCUUUGGUGAAGAUGGUGUUAUUAGACCUUACAGAUUAAGAGAUGGAACCGGAAGUCAAAUGUUACAGAAAAGACAGGCCUACAGGGAAUGGACUAAGACUCACAAUAGCAGUGAUGAUGAUGAUGACAGUUAGGAUAAUAUGUACUGUAAUAGAUACAAGUGGCCUUUGUCUUAUUCUUUUGAUCAUUCAGUAUUAAAUGUUGUUGCUACAAUUCCCACUGAGCAAUCAGGGUUGACUGAUACUAACUUCCUUCUAAAACUGUGAGGGGGAAAGAAAAAAAGUGGGGGGACAGGAGGAAACUUAAAUAAAGUGUAUGAUGAUGAGUGCUACGCAAAUUGCAUAUAUAAAUAUAUAUUAAAAAAUCUAUGUCUAGAAAUUUUUAUUGUUAUAUAUAACCAGAUAUUAGGUGAAAAUCAUGCUGAAAGUUAUAAUUAUGUGGUAAUAUCACUACUUAGCUUUUAUUUCCACGUGUUUCUACAAUAUGUAUUUAAUAUUUUUGUGUUCUUAUUUACAACUUGGUAGAGGAUCAUAAAUAUGCUUAGUAAUACUUCAUUGAGUUGUACAGUCAGUAUUGUAUAGUCAGUAUUAUAAUACUGUUUGGUUAAAAUUCUAUUUAUUUCAUAUUUCAAAACUAUUUUGUCUGCUUUCCUUCUGAACAAUAAACACAUCUAAACUAUUCUAAAACGGAUUCAUCUGCUCUGUUCCAGCAUCACAGUUUAUGUUUCCGGAAACUAGAUUAUGACUAAACAGUAGCCACAAAAGUAUUUAAAAACAAAAUGCAUCUACUUUGAAAGUGACAUUUAACUUAUGCUUUUAUACUUCUAUUCAUCAUCUGUUUUACCAUAACUCUUAAGUGCUUAAGUUAUGUGUCAUGUGGAAUCCUGAGAUGUAUGAAAUAUAAAGGUUUGAUUAGUUGUUUUAAACUGUAACCUUAAGUGAUUUGGUUAUAAAUUUAAUGUCUAUGUUCCUUUCAUAGCAACACUAAUAAAAAGUGAAAACCCCUAUGUAAAAUCAGUGAUAGCUUCAGAAAAUGCCUGUAUUUUAUAAGGCUUUGUGCAUAAAAGCAUAAAUAAGAAGAAAGUAGAUGCUUUUGAAUAUUAUUUAGCUAGAUAGAAGAGCACUAAAUAAGAACACCGAACAACUUUGCAUUGUAAAAUUUAAAGAACAGCAUUACUUGUUUCUCUAGAAUUGUUUUAUUUUGAAUUCACUGGAAGGCUUGUCCUUUGUUUUGGUUUUUUUUUUUCUUUUUUUUUGUAUGUGAUUUGUUCAUUUGUUCAAAAUUAUAUUUUUGUGUUGAAUUUUAAAGGUGCCUUGCAAAAGAUAUUUCUGUAACUGUAAUUACCAUAACAAGAAAGAACUCUUCAGCUAAAUCUGAAGAAUUAAAACUGCUCUCAAGCAAAAGAACUUCUAUGAUGAUUUCAAAUUUAUUCAAUGUUGUCUUGUGUUUCACUGUCGUCUUUCAGUUGUCAAAAUUCUGAGGAAAGAAUUAUUAAAACCUUUUAAGUGUGUUUAUUCUGUCUCUGUGCCUUUAAAGGCUGCUGAUUCUUGUGCAGUGGGCCAAGAAACACAUUUACCUGUAAUCUCCUUGAUCCAAGGAGGCAAAACUCUACUUGAGAGCUUUUUUUAUUUUAAGCUACUGAUGCUUAAGAUCACUAUUUAUAUUGUAUAUCUAUUUGGUUGUAAUAGUAGCAUCACAAAGUUAUGAAGAAAUAGAUUAAAGACUGUGUUACUGACUGAAACACUGUCGGAAAGUUUGGGAAUUUUUUAGGUAUCAGUGGAUAUCAGAAAUAUAAAUGCUUGAAGAAUGUUGGAAAUUAUCUUCAGUCUUGAAAAAAACCAUGUCAUGGCAAAAAGUUGAGGACAUUUCUAGGCUCAAAUUUCUGGAAUGGUUACUGAUGCCUUUUAGUAACUUUACUGGAGUUCAGUAACUUAAAUACAUUAUCUAAAGUUUCCUUCUUCCUUCUCAGAUUUUUAGAGCUCUUUCUUCUUAUAUCCUGUAAAAUUAUGUCUUCAUUAGUGAUCUGUCUAACAAAAUAGCACAUGUCAGUUUUAUAACAAAACAUUUUUCUGCAUUUCAGAACACCAUAAAAUUAACAUUUCUGACAGAAGAAACAUCCCUCCCAAAAAAGAACUUGGUUUUUAGAGAUUAUGCACUUCCCAUCUCAAGUUGACCAUUUUAGCUUUUCUAAAUACAGACUACUACAAAUAAAUCAUUACAGAAUGUGAAAAUUAAACUUAGUGUGAAUUGCAAAAUUUAGAAUGCUACUCAAAAAACAAACAAACAAACAAAAAAAACUAGUAAAUCAUGAUUAUAUACUUUUAAUUAUUUUGUUUCCUUCAUAGAGUUUAGUUGUAUUUUUGAAAUAACUACAAAAACUUUAUUUAAAUGAAAGCAAGUGUUUUGUGGAAGUUUUUUUCUGUCUUAAGCAAUGUGUGUAUACACAUACAUAUAUAUAUAUAUUAUAUACAUAUAUAUAUAUAGGGAAAAUACAUAACACAGCAAACGGUAUCACUUAUUAUAUUAGAAUUACAUUUCCCUCUGUUCUGAACUCAUGUCCUUGGGUGGGGGUGGAGUAUUUGCACAUUUCUCCUUUCUUGGAGAUUUCCAAGAGCCACCUGGCCCUGUUUGAGCAGGAGGAUUUGGACCGACCACAGCCAGUUUGUAAUUCUGUGAAUCUGAAUUCCAGUACUGUUAUUGAAGACUCCAAACACAUCUUAGCAUUCAAAGCCCAAUCUGCCAAAAAAGAACAGUCAAGGGGUAGAAGAAAGCGUCAUACUCCUUUAUUCUCUUUCCGUCAUGUCCAUUGGCCUUAAGUUUGCAUCAAAUAAAAAUUUCCAUUUCCUCUAGUAGAUUGGUACCCUAAAACUGAGAUUUUAUUUCUUAAACUUAUAGGCAGAAAUACUUCCCGAGGUUGAAAAUAACUUAUUUUUUCCCUGCAUUGUCCUGAACCUUCCCAGGCAUCUGCCAUCAUGCAAUCCCAUAGUUGAGUAAGACCUGUCAUUUACUUCCUUUCUAGGAAAACCUUUUAAUCUAAAGAGAAACUUUACCCACCUGUGCAUACAAAGCUUAAAUAUAAUCAUGUAAUCAUUACCCAUCCCUAGUCAGAUGAGUUAUACUUAAAUAUAAGUAUAUACUUACAAGCUGCUUGAGACUGAAGCUAAUACUAGUUCUUUACAAAUAACAUGGAAGCUUGUGUGGCUUAUGCUUCAAUCACAAGCUAAAAUAAAACUAUGUGUACGCUUCAUAUACAUAUAUAUAUAUAUAUAUAUAUGCAUAUAUAUAUAUAUGCAGUACAUACGGCGGAAAUUGAAGUGUCCUAAGCGAAGUAUAUACAACCUUGUUGGCUGUCAGAAAACGCAGAGAACUGCAGUCCUUUUCCCUGAUUACCAGGUGAACCAUUCAAGUGCUUCAGAUGCUACAUACUGAAGGACUUGGGUUGUGUUGGCAGAAAGCAUGAAAAACAUUUGGAUGCAGUCAUCAAAGUGAACUCAUAGAUUGGUAUGGUUUCUCUGCUCAGUGCAUGAAAAGAAAUCUCCUGGUCACUUUUUGAUUAGAAUGCUAAGAUAUUCUGUUUACACAGACAAAUUAAAUUUCUGUUGUGAAGGAAACAUUCCUAAAAGAAAGAUACUGUCCUGAUUUGUUGUAUCCUGCCUUAGGGGAAAAUGUUAACCUUGACCAAAGAUUUCUUGUAAGAGAAGCACACUGAGCUCUGGGUUAAUGCUCAGCAUGCCUCAGUGGAAUCUUAAAGUUCACAGGUAAUAGAUCUUGUACAGAAGCCUCAGCUUUGUUGCUUGUUUUUCAGUAGAGAGGCAUUGUAGACAGCAGACAGCUGGAAUGAGAAGAUAAUAGAUUAAUUUUAAUUCUCAUUAAUAAAGGAUGUGGAGAGAAUUCUGCACACAGAGAAAUGAAUGCUUUUAUUCUGUGUUGUCUCGGUUAACAACUUUUCUCCUUUCUUCAGACAAUUAAGCUAAAUCUAACAAAUAACCUAAGUGCUGCUUAGAACUAAUGUAUCUAUGGGGAAUAUUGGAUAUAUAGUCAUAUCAAGGUAGCAUUCUGAAAAUGGUAAUUCUGCAACUUCUGAAGAAGCCAGUUUAUGACGAGCUGAAAGAUGAAGUUGACAUUGAAGUCUCUAGCAAAAAUACAACCAAGCUUUUUUCUCUACUCAAGUGUUUUGUGUAGAAUUAUUUGUAUCUUUAUAUUCUUGUGUAGUUCACAAGAUGCUAUGUUUUGGAUUUGUGAUCAAAAGUGUUGAUGUUUUAGUUCUUCCUGACCUGUACUUGCAGUGUCAAAGAAAGUCUUUGACAAAGUCUUAUCGAUUUCUCAUGUUGUCCCACCAUGAAAUACACAAGAGGCUGUGAGGGAAUGCAGCCAAGACAGCUGACCCAAACUGAUCAAAAAGAGACUGCACAACAUCAUACACUGUGCUCAGGAAUGAAAGCUGGGAGAAAAAAGGGAAAGGGAAUGGGGUAUUAAGGCAACUGCCCUCCCUCUCCCUGGGAUUCCUGUUGCCUUCUCUGGAAUUGUGGCUGGACUCGGUACAGUGAGGGACUGGCAAUCUAAAAACCUAGUAAAAAAUAAAGUUGAUCUGAACAUCAGUAGGAUUGGGUAACAUAUGCAUAACUACUUUUUAAGUAGAAAGGCUUUACAAACUUUUUACAAACUUUGUUCAGUUGAGCAGUUCAAAAAUGAUGUCAGACAUUGCAACUUUUUUUCUCACAUACUGCUACUACGUUUUGCAGAGCUAUAAUAGAAGUGUCAUAGAUUUUAAAUCUUGUUCCCCUGCUUACUUUUUUCUUUUUUCUUCUCAUUUCUAACAUAAUUGAAGGCCUCUGUGCUUCUUUUCCAGUGAAUUAAAGGCAUGUACUGUGGUUUAGAGUCUUUCUGAACUCAGAGAUGCCACUUGUAGACACUGGGCAUAUUUGCAUUCCCCUGCACAGAUGAUCAAAUUUACUACUUACUAGUUUAUUGCAGAGAUAUCUAAUUAUCUGAAUUGCAGGUAAGAAUAAUUUUCUAAAGAGUGCAUUUAUGCUUUUAUUGCUGUGCAUUUUACAGCUGUUCGAGUGCCUUUUUUCAACUGUUUCAUUUAAUUUCAAAGUGGACUCAUGAAUCAGAACAUUCAUAGUAUUCAGUAUUUCUUAAACUGAAGCAUGGAAGUUUUGUUUUAAAAAUCAGGUUUUGAUUCUUAUAGUAGUGCAACUGAUAUUGAACAGGGAUUAACCAAUGUUUUGUAGUUUUGCAUCAUCAAACAGUUGGUACGAGAUAAUUAAUAGCUAGGUACAGUGAAAUUAAAAUUCAUUUAUACAUUUUUAGAGAGAUAAAUUUUAUACCCUUGUAUGCUUCAGUUCUAUCAGCUAUUUGGCAGGCAGAGCAUAGUACUGCUUUUUCUGUGAGAAUUAUCAGCAGUAGAUUGGUCUAUCCUUCUAUAGUAUAUUUCAUGAUGGAUGGGUGCACAUCUAAUAUGAAAAGAGAUCUGCAAAAAAAGAAAAAAGGUAGAAAAUGAACUACCCUAAGUAACCAACCAUGGGCAUUGGUAUAGAUGCAUAUUUUGUAGUUGCACAACACUUGUCCUGUGUUAAUUUCCCAGUUAACAUCUCCUGUCUACAAAACUAUGGAACAUAGAUAUUGUGAAUUUAUGGUCUUUGACUUACAGCUAACAAUAAGUAGUAGUUUAAUCUCAGUUCAGCUAUCUAAAUAGCUUUGUGCACCACAUGCUAACAAUAUUUCAGCGCUGAGAGUCACUGCUUUGUGAAUUUUAGUAGUUUCUAUGGAAUUUUUGGGACGUAUGUAUAAUGACCUUGUAGGAUUUCAACCUCUGUGAUGCUUAAGAACUGCAUUUACAUAAAUCGUAAUUCUCAGUACAUUAUCAGUAAACUGAAUGAGUUACAGUGGAGCAACAUGACUUGUCAAAAAUUGCCUAGCAAGGUAGUGAGAAGUCAAAAAGAGGUAACUUGGUUCUCAUUAGUCCAAGUCAGGACUUAUUCCAAUGCUACAUGAAAAUUAAGGAAGUCCUGUUUUGAUGCGAGAGAAAGACUGGAGAUCCUCUUCAUCAUGAUGAGACUAAAUUUCUAAAUGCUUCUCCUCUGUAACUGCUGUUAGUAGAAGAGAGAUACUGAUCAAGAGACCAGCAAGAGAACUUGCUGGCCAACAUUCAGAAUACGUGCUGCGACUGUUACAAGUUUAAAUGCCACUGCCUCAGUUCAAUUAUCCUUUCUCUUUCUGCAUUGCUGGAAUAACAUAGGAACUGCCUUGUGAGACAAUUUUUUAAUUACUUAGUGGUCCAAGCUUCUACAUCAUAUAAGAUGCAGGAAAAAACUUGAAUCCUUUGGUGACAAAACUAGGCAUACAUAGCCUCACUAAAGAGUUUUCAAACAUCUUUCUAGAAGAGAAAAAAUAAAAUAUAAAUUUCGCAUUUACUAAGCUCUUAAUUCUACAUUUAUUAUGCCAUUCAUUUUUAUGUAUUUUCCCUGACCUUGAUGCUAACACUAAUGAACUUGCGCAGUGACUAAAAAAGGGAGGCACAAAAUCAUGAUCAAUAGUCAUGAUUUUGCAGCCCAGCAUGCAUGGGGAUAGGAAAAUAAUCUCAAUUUUGAUUCGCUGUUCAUGUUCAUUCUGGAAAGAUCUAUUUUGGGAACCUGUUAUUCAAAUGUUCUUGUAUUUCAGUAAUGAAAGAUUCGGCAUCUUUGAGGGAAGGCAUCAUUUUUAGAAAACUAGGCAAGUGGAGUUAUCUGUGUUGUCAGAUUUCCAGUCUUAGUGUAGCCUUAGUUAAGUGCCUUUAAUAUUUGUCAUUGGUAAAGAAUAAUCGUUAAGUGUUCUGGCAUUUUAACUAUUGUGACAGCUAACCUAUGUUUUCAGCGUGCUUACAGUUGGCUGUUUAUUAAAUUAUACUUGUUUAUACUGAUCUAUUUUUACAUCCAAUAUAACAUAUGGAAAGCAGACGAGCAGUUGAGGAUGUUCUUUCUCUCAGACAAGAUGCACUGAUCUUAAUGUGAUCAAUAACCUGAUCAGUACUUGCCUGGAAAGUCAGAACUCUUUUGUUUGCCAAGUUCUGUUAAAAUGGCAGUCUCUGUUUAAAAAAACAAAACCCAAGCCACUAAUCUGCUGUCACUGUGUUGUAAAUUUGUUGCCUAGUAAGGAAUAUUCAGCUACAAUAUUCACAGCCAUUGUGGGGUUAUUUUGUUCAUUUAUUUGUUUUUUAAAUUAAGCAAGUUCAGGGGGAAAUGAAAGAAUAGAUGGAAGUGAUAAGUGUUACCUCAAAUGCAUAUUUGGGUUUCAUUGUAUGUGUGGCAAGUAGGAUUUUGUAGAGUCAAGUAUGGAUUGAGCCCAGGGUUAAUGACUCCAAUGUUUUGGAGUUCAGUCCUCACAAAAAUCAAAAAAUGAGUCUCCUUAGGUAUAUCUUAACUAUACCUACCUUCCUCUUGCGUUGUCUUUGAAUUGUAUGAGCGAUAGUUUGGAGUGCUAACAAUAUGUAACAAUAACACUGUUCCUUGCCACUUCUUGCUAGGAUUGAUUUCUGUUUGCAUAUUUGCAUUUCUAAGGACCAAAUAAUUCUGCAUAGUGUAAUUCUUAGCUGUCACAGAUCCGUGAGCCAUAUUCCGAGUAAUAAAUGAAGCCUUUUACUUAAAAGUAUGUGGUAAUGCUGUUACAGCUUAUUCUUCUGGGACAUAAUACAUUUUAAAAAUAAUAAACACAUCAGUUUAUACUUGCAUACUCACGCUAUAAAAUUUUGUC